GAACAGUCAAAGUGUUGGAUUCGUUGGAUCGUCAUUAUCCUCAUAUAUGACUGGUUAAUCGUAUGCAGGUCGCUUGUUCUACUUCAACAUGGAGACAAGUUUACCCAGUGAUAUUCUAAUUUUCGGCGGACAAGGGUCGAAACUGCACCUAUCUGACCGAGGGACAGUUGAGACGUUACGAUGCCACCUCAGGGCAGCACGGCCGCUCUGGGAUCUAUUUUUACAACAAUGCUUGGAUCAAUUUUACUCUGAAUGUGGUAGCUUGAUUGAAGAGGCAAGAUCGAUUUUACGCGUUAAUCCUAACAAUUUCUAUGAAGAUGCGGAAGCUCUACUUUUUCCUUCGGAGGAAAUCCUGUCACACCCUGUGGCUGAGACUAUAUCGCUAUACCUACGUCAAAUUCUUGAAUUAGUCGUCUUUGCAGCGCAGAGCGACGUCCCGGCUCCAGUCGCCGAAGUGGCUGGUGUAUGCACUGGGCUUCUGCCAGCUAUCUUAGCUGCAUCAACUGUAUCAUACCAAUCUAGGGAGUUCCUCGACUUGUCGCUUCAAGGCUUUCGACUAGCUUUCUGGAUCGGCCUCAGGUCAGCAGCUGCCUGUUCCCAUGUCCUUGACCACCAGCCGCAGGAUUCUUCUGCGUGGACACACAGCGUAUUUGGCUGGUCAACGGCCGAGCUUGAAGCAGCGUUGACCGAAUUUUACACAGAACAACCGGAAGUGAAUCGCUGCAUUCAAAUUUCAGCUAUUUUCGAGGAUGAAGUUCAUUCAUUAAGUGGCCCUCCCCAUGUCCUCGCAGACUUCAAAAACUCGCACAUCCCUCCUUCUAUCCGACAUCGUACUGCACAUGUUCAUGGGUUCUACCAUGGGGGAUUACGAAUGGAAUCCGUUGUCGCGGAGCUCUUGGUCGACGUGGAGCAGCGACAUAUUAACUUUCCCUCCUGGGAUACUCUCAGGUCCCCACUGAGGUCUUCCACUACGGGGGCUCUCUUAACAAAGAGCAGCAGUUCACUGUCUCUUCUUGAAACAUUUCUUAGAAACGUCUUUGUUGAAGUUUGUGACUGGAAGACUAGCAGCACGAGUCUCUUUCAUGACACCGCCACGCGUCUUUCACGCGAGCCUGAAGCCACGUUCCGGGUCCUGUGCUUCGGUCCAGGCACAAAAUCACUAGUUCGGAGUGCUCCGCAGCAUGCUAGACUAAGUAUCAUCGACAAGCCAAUAAUAUCUACCGAUGAUAAGAUGGACGAUAUGAUAGCUAUAGUCGGUAUAUCCUUGAACUAUCCGGACGCAAAUGACCAAGAUCAGCUUUGGAAUAUGCUUAAGAAUGCGCGGUGUACUGCUUCCAACAUUCCAUCAUCGCGCUUUGAUGCUCCGGAAAAGUUGGGUGAUAGACUUGGGAACUUUCUUGAUGAUCCAUUUCAAUUCGAUCCUGGAUUCUUCAAUAUCUCACCCCGUGAGGCGAGAUCCAUGGAUCCGCAGCAGCGACUUCUACUUCACGCUGCAUUUGAAGCUCUAGAGGACUCCGGAUAUUCGCCUGACUCUACCCCGACUUUCCAAAGGGAAUCUUUCGGUGUAUUUGCCGGCAUUGCCACCGGUGACUAUGUUGACAAUUUGCGACAUAAUAUCGACGUACAUUACAGCACAGGCACUUUAAGGUCCUUUCUUAGCGGCCGAAUCUCCUAUGCUUUCGGCUUCCUGGGUCCAUCUAUGGUUGUCGACACAGCGUGUUCUUCAUCACUUGUUGCCUUAUACCAAGCAUGCCAAGCCCUUCGGUUGGGUGAAUGUACCGCAGCACUGGCAGGCGGCGUGAACACCAUCUCAAGCCCUGAUAUGUACACUGGUCUUGCGCGCGCGCACUUUCUUAGCCCAAAUGGACAGUGUAAACCAUUUGAUGCGUCAGCUGAUGGAUAUUGCCGCGCCGAGGGUUGUGGUAUGGUGGUUUUGAAGAAACUAUCAAGCGCUAUUGAGGAAAAUGACCGCAUCUAUGGUAUUAUUCGUGGUAUAGGUGUUAAUCAGUGCGGCAUGGCGAAAUCCAUUACUCACCCGGAUUACACCGCGCAAGCGGCCUUAUUCAAGAAGAUUUUGACCUCAAGUCGCACGGCUCCGGACACUAUCAGUGUAGUUGAAGCUCACGGAACGGGGACUCAAGCUGGUGAUUACGCCGAAGUAUCAAGUCUGAGCAGUACCUUCGGGCCUCGAUCUCAAGCGUCUCCUUUAUACUUGAGCUCGAUUAAAGGUAACAUUGGCCAUGCAGAAGCUGCAUCCGGGCUUGCAGGCCUUGCAAAGUUACUUGUGAUGCUGCAACGAGGUCAAAUCCCUCCUCAAGCCUCAUUCAAAACCCUCAAUCCUCGUUUCGCCGAUCGCAUGCAUAACAUGGUGGUUCCCACAGAACUUACAGAAUGGAAGCGAGGUGCAUAUCAAUCCCCGCGAAGGGCCAUGUUGAACAAUUUUGGUGCUGCAGGGUCAAAUGCAGCGCUUAUACUUGAGGAGUAUGUGCCUAAAAUAAGGGUCAGCCCAAAGAACAAGAUACCAACUUUAGACCGAGGUUACCACAUUUUGAAUCUUUCGGCCAAAAGUGAACAAGCUAUGCAUCUUCUCAAACGGCAAUUCAUUACCUACAUCGAGACUCAUCCCGAGUCAAGUAUCCUAGAUCUCUGUUAUACUACAAACGCUCGGAGACAACCUCAUACUGGUUUUCGUUUGUCGGUAAAUGGCUCACAACCUCAUCAACUUCUCGAUUCCCUACACCAGUCCACGAUUACUCAGCUCAAUUCCUCAAAGAGAGGUACCCGAAAAACCAUUUUCGUGUUUUCUGGCCAAGGACACGCGCACAAAGGUAUGGGUGCGGAGCUGCUUUCCACUGUGCCGAGCUUCCGUGUUAUAGCGGAUCAAUGCGAUGGGAUUCUGUCCGCACACGGGUUUCCCCUUGUUAGUCCAUUCCUAUCAAACUCUAACGACUUGGGCUUGAACAACGGUUCUGUAAGCGAGGUGGUUGUCACGCAAUGCGCAUUGUUUGUUCUGGAGCUCGCACUUUCCAAAAUGUGGAUGCAAUGGGGCAUGAUGCCAGAUAUCGUCGUAGGACACAGUAUUGGUGAAUACGCUGCAAUGGUGGUUGCCGGUAUUCUAGACGUGAAAGAUGCAUUGUUGCUCACUGCCAACCGUGCCCAGCUUAUCGGUACAAAGUGCGUGUCGGACACGUCCGGCAUGGUGACAUGCAAGAGUACGGUUGGUGAGAUUGAAACGUUACUGAAUUGCGAUGAUCGAAGAUUUUCCGGACUUAGUAUUGCGUGCAUGAACUCUUCGACAGAUAUCGUGGUAGCUGGUCCGAUAGACUCCUUAAUGCGUUUCGUCAAUUAUUGCAAGGACAGUGGAAUCAAAGCCAAACGGCUCGCAGUUCCUUACGGAUUUCACUCCUCAUCCAUGGAUCCCAUACUGGACGACUUGAAAGUCUAUACCUCAGCUACAAGAAUCAAUACAUCGAAGGUCACGUUCGGAUCCAGUCUUUACGGGAAGCUGCUCGAAGUUGAUGAAAGACUAGAUCCUGAAUAUUUUGUUAAACACACGCGCAAGUCUGUCGACUUCCACCGUGUUGUUGAUGACAUUCAGAGUUCAUCUCCCAAUACUGAAUUAUGUUUCAUAGAAAUUGGUCCAUAUCCGACAACUGAAUCGAUGAUACAGAAGACUAUAAAUAAGGCUUCUUAUACAUUCUUACCUUCCCUCAAAUCUACACAGAGCCCAUGGGAGACGCUAUCACGUAGCCUGGGCUCUCUAUUCCUGCAAGAUUACCCCAUCAAUUGGAGAGAAGUGUAUGAUGGCUCGAGAGCCAAAUUCCUCCCUACCCUGCCAGAGUAUCCACUCAACACUUCACGAUACUAUAUUCCGUUUCGACAACCGUCUACUCAAAAUACGGAACAGGAAUACAAAUCCGCAAAGCCGUCAUUUGAAUUCCUCGGCUCCGCCACGCCAGGCCAUUCUGGUCCCCAGACCAGCUUUCAGACAAAUGUAACACCUCUCGCGCCAUAUAUCAAGGCACAUUCAGUUGCAGGUGUGCCUCUUUGCCCAGCAUCGGUGCUAAUGGAAGUCGCACUCGAAGCUUUCAGCAUAUGUCAAGGAAAUUCAAAGACCGAUUUUCAUUUACUCGAAAAUAUCGUCUUUGAGAAGCCGCUAGUCUAUGCUGAUCACAUUGCAAGCGAGCUCGGUAUCCAAACCGACGUCAUGAGCGAUGAUGGGAAACAAACCAAUUUCACAGUAUCCUCUAGAGAUCAGCACCUGUGCGCCGGUUCUAUCAAUCGAAAGUCCCCCAAUGAUGUCAUUGAUGAAUUCACUCGAAAAUCAGCAUUUGUCGAACGACAACGCCGUGCUCUUAGCGCAGACUUGAAAGGGAGUGGUGACUCAUUUACCCGUAAGACAAUCUACGGGGUCAUAUUUCCUCGAGUGGUAGAAUACAGCGAGCCAUUCCUCACGCUCAAGCAACUCUCUGUGAGCGAAUCACAACUUGAAGGUUGCGGUAAAUUCCAGCUAGAUGGCCAGUCAUUGAGAAACAAUUUUGUCUGCAAUCCGGUCUUCGUAGACACCCUGCUUCAUGCCCCCGGCUUCAUGGCUAAUGUCUAUGUCCCGGCAGACAUUGCUUGCAUCUGUGUAGGCAUAGAGAAGGCUUAUCUGCCUGCUACACAAGAUCUGAAAGACACUGAUUUGAACAUAUAUUGCAGUCUGACGGAUCUGGGUCACUCAGUCAUUGCCGACACCUAUGUAACUGACACCGAGGACAAAGUCAUCGCAUUCAUCGAAGGAUCCUGCUUUAAAAAGAUCCCACUCAAAUCUUUCAGCCACCAUCUUUCUCGCUCACUUAAUACUGCCCCAGUCUCCAAGACGUCCCCUAUUCGCAAACGUGCCCCUCCUCGGAGUGCAUCAAUGCCUAAUAUUGAACAAGUAAUUCAGUCAACCGUUCAGGAAUGCUGCGACGUGGUGCUGGAUCCUAUGAGCGAUAUCACCCUCGUUGAAGCGGGGAUUGACAGUCUCAUGUUCAUUGAGUUAACACAGUCCAUUCGGAGUCGACUUCCGCAGCUAAAUGUCGAUCAAGCUAGUCUCGAGCGUUGCUCUACGCUCAAGGAGCUUACUGAGAUGGUAUCACCGGUAUCUGAGCAGCGUUCUACCCCCACCAGAUGGGGAUCAGACUCAGAGUACAGAAGUCUUGUGAGCCCCCGCAAUGUUCCUAAUCGCGCUGUUCCAAUUCCUGAUGCUAUGGAAGCGCUUUCCCCAAUAAGGACAGCCUUUACUGAGGUUUGCGGGAUACCUAUUGGUGUUGAAACUCCAACUCAAGAAUUAGCGACAUUGGGAUUCGAUUCACUUCUAUCAAUCGAAUUUAGUGAUGAGCUGAAGAACAGAUUUGGCGUCAGCAUUGAUGACAUUCAGCAUGAGAUCCCACAACUCACGCUUGACCAAUUAGAAGAGAUAUGUGCCGACCGUAUGUGCUCGCCAGAUGAUCUCUCAGAAUCCUCCGAGUCGCAAGCUUCAUCAGCUUCACGAUCUAGAAGCUCAACGCCCAGAACUGCGACCGUAUCCCCCGCAAGAUCUCACGACUUGCAAAGAACAAUACAGAGGCAAAAUAUCGGCCCCGAGAAGUGCAAUAUGUUCCUAUUUCAUGACGGGAGUGGCCAUUGUAGCAUGUAUUCGCGUAUGGCUGACAUGAAUCGGAACAUAACUGGAGUCUGCAGCCCGGACUCACUUCUUGACAUCACACGCCUUGAGGAUCUUGCUCGGUUCUAUCUAAAUGGGACAGAUAUAUGCUCGAGCAAGGAGGUUAUUCUUGGUGGCUGGUCGUUUGGCGGUGUGCUGGCCUUCGAAGUUGCACGCAUAUUACGAUCGCAUAACCUUGGCCCUGCGGUGAAAGGUUUGAUACUCAUUGAUUCGCCACCACCAAUUGAUCAUGAAGCGCUUCCGCAGGAGAUCGUUUCAUACGUUCUUAGCAAGUACACCGGCACCGGAAAGACAUACACUUCUGAACCGUCGAAGAAGGCGUUAGACGCUGUCAAGAAGCGAUUCCGCUACCACGCUACAAUGUUACAGAACUACCACCCGGAACCACUCCAUGACAGUAUUCCAUGCGUGAUGCUGAAAUGUUCUCGCUCCAUGGACACGAAAGCGCUGUGCGAUGUGACAUACCCGUGGAUCAGCGACGAUGACUUCAGAGCGAAGUCAGUGACGCAAUGGGAGCAGCUUGUAGGGAGAAGUAUCCCGGUCCUGGAUAUUGACUGCAAUCACUUUGAGGUAUUCGAUCCGAAAUACAUCGGUGAUGUUUCCAAGCAAUUUGGGCUUGCAUGCGAAAUGCUGGGCUUAUAAUGGAAUGAAAUGAGGUUCAUUCACGGCUUAUACUUUCACAUUGCAUAUUAGACAGGUUUGGUUUUAUCGGCAUGAUGUAGCAGCUCAACGCAUAUAUAUGAAUCAUUUAGAAGCAAGUCAAAUAGUCGAAUAGUCAAUUAGUGACGUUUCAUCAUUUGAUUUAGGAGUCCCUAGUACUUGUGUUAUAGUCUAAAAGGCCUCAAGUAGCUUAAGCAGGUCCCUCGCCGUCAAAGAACUCCUCGUCCAGCAAGGUCCAAAGAACCUUCUGCCCAGCCCACUGCUCCUCAACUGUAGGCCGAA